AUGGCCACUGCAACUGGAACGGUCACAGAGUCUCUUCCUCCGAUAUGGGGCCAAAAGGCAGACCCCAACGAAGAGUUGGUUGAAAAUGCUCUCAAGGUCAAUACCAAGCCGCUCUGGACACAGAUGGCGCGGUUGAACCCUCCAGAGCCCAACCCAAAGUGUGUCCCGUUCAUCUGGCGAUACGACGAGGUCCGACCAAGUCUCCUCAGGGCCGGGGAAAUAGUUACAGAACAGCAAGCUGAGAGACGGGUGCUGAUGUUGGUUAAUCCCGCCAGAGACGCACCUUUCACCACAGACACACUCUACGCUGGUCUGCAGCUGGUAAUGCCCAACGAAACCGCCCGCGCACACCGACACACAGCGUUCGCUAUGCGCUUCAUCAUCGAGGGCCAGGGUGGCUUCACUGCGGUACACGGUAAACGCAUCACCAUGCAGCGUGGCGACGUUAUUCUCACGCCGACCUGGAACUGGCACGACCACGGUAAGGACGGGUCGGGCCCUAUGAUCUGGCUUGACGGCCUGGAUCUGCCAAAUUUCGUGCAUUUCCCCGUACAUUUCGUCGAGCACUUUAACCAGCCGAGAUAUCCGGCCGAGGAUGUGGACUCAAACACGAGUCCGAUUGUGUAUCCGUGGAAGACGAUGCAGAAGAAGCUCGACGAGAAGAAAGGCGACUGGGCUGAAGAGGAUUAUCUGAAGGACGACGGAAGACCAGUUUCCAAAAUCCUCGGUGGUGCCGCCGAACGUUUGAAUGCCGGGUGCACGUCCCCUGCCGUGAGAGAGACUGCAUCGUCCGUCUACCACGUCGUCCAGGGCAAGGGAUACAGCGAGAUCGACGGACAGAAGUUCCACUGGAAGCAGGGCGACACUUUCUGCGUACCCGCCUGGAACAAGUAUCAGCACACCGCUGCCGAAGGGUCAGAGCCAGUGUAUUUAUACAGGUUUCACGAUAAGCCCAUGUUGAAGUCACUGGGGUUCUAUCGUGUGGAAGGGGUCGAUAGUGAGAGUUUGGUGUCUGAUUAA